AUGCCUCUGUGUCAAGAUUUGAGGGGGUUGCUACUGGUAGAGAUUGAAAGAUUUUGCUUGGGUGCUGCUGUGCUCAGCACUGAGGUGAAUGACGGGAAAGUUACAUUUAUCAAUGCUGACGUAGAUGCUGACAUAGUAAGUACCACUACCGAUGUGGACUUCACAUGUUGCAUUGACCUAAUUACCUCUUUAAUUGGAGUGAAGAUAGGGCCUUUGAGGUUUUUGGCUUUAUCGCAGCCCUCCACCAUAACAUAUGUCUUAACAAAUGGAGGAAAAGCAUAUCAUAAACCUCCUACCACACAAUGUUCAAACAAUUGUGCCUUUUAUGCAGCUGAUAAAGCAGUAGAUAGAAACAAUGACACUUGCACGAGAACAGAUAUUAUUGGUCCAACAGCACAGAAGAAAGAAGUAUUUUGGUAUGUAGAUCUCGGAGACAUCUACAACCUCUACGACAUUGCCAUACAGUUUAAAGAUUAUGGUUCAAAACAUGAAGACAGACAAAGAGGCCGCUUUGCAGGCUUUUCCCUUUACCUGUCCAAUACUACUAGAAAAGAAGAUGGUCAUCUGUGUUAUAAAGACGGACCACAGUUACCUCCCUUAGAUUUCAAAACAAGAUGUAUUGGACAUGCCUCUCAUGUAAUAUUUUACAACGAACGAUUGGAUGGGACUGUUUAUCCUCCCGGAUAUGAAUCACUUGUUUUAACACAAUUAUGUGAAGUAAUAAUAAGAGGUUGUGCAGAUCGAGGAACUUACGGUGAAACGUGCGAAUUGAACUGUUCUGAACACUGUCAAGAGAACAGGUGUGAUAUCAUAAAUGGAACAUGCCUGGGAUGUAUGGCUGGAUGGACAGGAAAGUUCUGUCAAACACCAUGUGAAAGUGGAUCAUAUGGUGUAGAAUGCAAACAUCAGUGUGGAGGGCAUUGUAGAGAUGGUCAUACUUGUAGCCCUGUAACAGGAAACUGUGAUAAAGGAUGUGCUUCCGGAUGGACUGGGUCACUGUGUAAUGAAUCUUGUAUCAGCGGUCGUUAUGGUUCAGAUUGUGUCUUCAACUGUAGUGGACAUUGUUUAAAUAAAUCCCCUUGUAACCGGACAAAUGGACAUUGUGACUCGGGUUGUAGCCCUGGAUAUACUGGACCAUUUUGUACUAAAGAAUGUACAGCAGGAGAGUUUGGAAAAGGAUGCAAAAAUCCCUGCAGUGGACACUGUUUGAAUGAAGUACAUUGUAAUCACGUGGACGGGACUUGUCGAUAUGGUUGCGAAGAUGGGUAUUUUGGACAACAGUGUUUUAACGCUUGUACACCCGGUCUCUUUGGAAGAAAUUGCUCCACUGAAUGUUCUACAAAUUGCCAUGAUACCUGCCGAAAUACUGAUGGUUUUUGUGUGUGCAAGUCUGGAUUCAUGGGUCCUCCAUAUUGCAGCACAGGGUGUCCGAAAAAUCGGUUUGGCAAAAACUGUGUAAACUCCUGUAAAUCUGACUGUGUCAAUAAUACAUGUAAUAGAUUCAACGGAAGUUGUGCUUUGGAAUGCAUGGAUCUAUUUUUUGGAGAUAUGUGCAAUCAAGAGACUUCUCCAGUUCAUCCCCAAAGCUAUUCGGCAGAGGCACUGACCAUUGGAGGGCUUCUUGGAGGAUUAGCUGUCGUGUCUAUCCUUUCUGUUUUGAUUGCUCUAUAUAGACGCGAACUCAUUUUGAAGAUUUGUAAAGGAAAAACACAGAAUUCGGAGACAUACACCAAUAUAUGCAAUAUACGACCAUCAAAAGACUACAUGCACAAUUACCAAGAAUUAACCAUAGCUGGAGAUAAAAAUGAUUAUGCAAACAUUGAAUUGAAAAAUGUCUUAACAAAUGGAGGAAAAGCAUAUCAUAAACCUCCUACCACGCAGUGUUCAAACAAUUGUGCCUUUUAUGCAGCUGAUAAAGCAGUAGAUAGAAACAAUGACACUUGCACGAGAACAGAUAUUAUUGGUCCAACAGCACAGAAGAAAGAAGUAUUUUGGUAUGUAGAUCUCGGAGACAUCUACAACCUCUACGACAUUGCCAUAAAGUUUAAAGAUUAUGGUUCAAAACAUGAAGACAGACAAAGAGGCCGCUUUGCAGGCUUUUCCCUUUACCUGUCCAAUACUACUAGAAAAGAAGAUGGUCAUCUGUGUUAUAAAGACGGACCACAGUUACCUCCCUUAGAUUUCAAAACAAGAUGUAUUGGACAUGCCUCUCAUGUAAUAUUUUACAACGAACGAUUGGACGGGACUGUUUAUCCUACAGGAUACGAAUCAUUGAGUUUAACAGAAUUAUGUGAAGUAACAGUACAAGGUUGUGCAGAUCAGGGAACUUACGGUGAAACAUGCGAAAUGAACUGUCCUGAACAUUGUCAAGAAAAUAGAUGUGAUAUCAUAAAUGGAACCUGUCUGGGAUGUAUGCCUGGAUGGACCGGAAAGAUCUGUCAAACACCGUGUGCUGGUGGAUCAUAUGGUUUAGAAUGCAAACAUCAGUGUCUAGGGCAUUGUAGAGAUGGUCAUACUUGUAACUCUGUAACAGGAAAUUGUGAUAAAGGAUGUGCUUCAGGAUGGACUGGGUCACUGUGUAACGAAUCUUGUAUCAGUGGUCGCUAUGGUCCAGAUUGUGUCUUCAACUGCAGUGGACAUUGUUUAAAUAAAUCCCCUUGUAACCGGACAAAUGGACAUUGUGACUCGGGUUGUAGCCCUGGAUAUACUGGACCAUUUUGUACUAAAGAAUGUCCACAUAAACGGUAUGGUAAAGACUGUGUUCACUCAUGUAGCACUAAUUGUGUCAAUGAGACUUGUAAUAAAUACAAUGGAAAUUGUUCUUUGGGAUGCAAGGAUCCGUCAUUACAAAUGUGCAUCCAAGAAAUAUAUUCUGCUGAGGAUCACGGCAAUAUAAAGGAAAACAAUUCCUCUGAUGUUGAAAAAGCUUCGGAUGAUACCUAUGAAACAUCGAAGAGGGGUCGACCAACUAAUAAAACUAUUCCUGUAAAAAAUUUAAAAGUUAUUAUAGCAAAAAUGGCUGCUGCAGAAAAUGCUGGCUUCAAGCAGGAAUACCGAGAUAUUCCAAAAGGUGAACUUCAUCCUUGUGAAGAAGGCAAAAAACCAGAAAACCGGCUUAGAAAUAGAUACACAACCACAUUCCCUUAUGACCACUCUCGAGUUGUACUAAAGACAUCAUCACCAAAUGAAGGAGAUUACAUCAAUGCUAAUUAUAUCGAAGAUGCAUUUGGAAAUCCAUCCUACAUUGCAACACAAGGUCCCAAACCAAAGACAAUUUCUGAUUUCUGGAAAAUGAUAUGGCAGGAGAAUGUGUCCGUAAUUGUUUGUUUGACAAAUCUAAAGGAAGGAGAAAAGAAUAAAUGUGCACAAUAUUGGCCAAGUACCAAUGACAAACUUAUUGGCGAUGUUCAUGUAAAAAAUCUAGAAGAAAAAUGCCAUGCUAAUUACACAAUAAGGCGAUUCAAAGUCAACAAGUAUCUGGAAAAAACAACUAGGGAGGUCGUGAUGUUUCACUACACAAGAUGGCCAGACCAUGGAGUUCCUGACCCACUAAGUCUUGUUGUGUUCCAUCGUCACGUGAUGAGACUACCAGCACAAGACUCUGGAACAUAUAUUGUUGUACACUGCAGCGCAGGAAUUGGCAGAACCGGAACGUUCAUUGCUUUAGACGCCCUCUAUCGGGAAGGGGAGAGAAAUGGUAAAGUCAAUGUACCAAUGUAUGUCAGGACCAUGAGAAAAGACAGAAUGAACAUGAUUCAAGGAGAUGAUCAAUAUAAGGCAGUCUACUUUGCUCUUUGCGAAUCAUUCAAUGGGAAAUCAAGAUGCUUGACUACAGAGUUAUUUUUACGAAAACUGCAAGAACAAUCGUGCUAUGCCAAUUGUGGAGAGGUAGCAACAAAAUCCUCCUUGACAUCAGAGUUCCAGGAGCUACUGUCUCUUCGGAAAGAAUACGAUCAGAAGGAUUACGAAACUGGACGUAACAAUAAAUCUGCAAACUACACAGACAACGUUUUGCCUCUUGAUGAAUAUCUGUGUCAUUUGUCCUAUUCAAAGGGAAGGAACACCUACUACAACGCUGUUAUACUUCAGUCUUUCACAGAAAACGAUAGUCUGAUAAGCGCUCAGUACCCACUUCCUGACUACGCUGAAGACUUCCUUAGACUCAUCAAGGAUUUUGAUGUCAGUGUGGUUGUUUUUCUGUGUCCAUUGAAGGAUUUAAAAUCCUCUUCUCUUUGGGUUCCUUCGAAAACUGAUCAUAAGACUGUUGGAUACUUUACACUUAAAUUGACUGCUUCAACAAGUUCAGCAAAUUUGUCGACAAGACGUAUCGAUCUUCAGCCAAAGGGAUUUAAUGACACAAGGAUAACUGUACUAGAAUGUAAGACAUGGAAAGAAGGUAAAAAGACAGUGAACAAAAGAGCUCUUCUGGAUGUUGUUAAAGAAGCAAAAUCCGAAAAAAUCAAUUAUAAGGGAAAACUUCUCAUUUUGUCCAGUGAUGGUGCCACACGUUGUGGAGCAUUCUGUGUGGUCUAUAACGCUCUGGAACAACUCUCUAUGGACCAGGAAGUGGACAUCUUCACCAUCACACGACAACUUCAGAUUCGUAGACAGGAGUUUGUGUCCACUUUGGAUGAAUACCAGCUUUGUUGUGAUGCUGUUGCAGAAUACAUUCAAAACGACUGUGUCUACGCAAACUAUGAUUUAUCUGCUGGCAAGAAUGCCUUCCAGGGUCCAGCUUAUGUUAGCGUUUGGCCACAAUUCCAUGCUGCUGUCAAUGCUGUGGAUAGAAAUAAUAAUUCUUGUACGACAACUCGAAAGAUAGGUUCUGCGACCCCAUACAGGGAAUCGUGGUGGAUGGUGGAUCUAGGAGACAUCUACAGUGUGUUCAGAAUCAGAAUUUUAUUUAAAGAUUAUGGGGAGGACUUCGGGUUUUCUCUGUAUUUAUCUAACUCCUCCAAUAAAGAUGAAGGGUAUAUGUGUUACAAAGACGGACCCAAAUUGCCUCCCUUAGACUUCACAACAACCUGUAUUGGAUAUGGCCAAUACGUCAUCUUUUAUAACGAAAGAUUAGACAACUACACAUAUCCUGAGGGAUACGAAUACGUAUCUAGCACUAAAUUGUGUGAGGUGAUAGUGCACGGUUGUAAACUUGGUGUUUUCGGGGAAAAAUGCGACAAAGAGUGUUCGAAGGGCUGUCGGGACAACAAAUGCAACAUCAUCACAGGGGCAUGUCUAGGAUGCAAGACAGGAUGGAUAGGGAAUUACUGCCAAACACAUUGGAAACAACACAGUUGUCACCCUGCGCGUAAGGGAGACAUCACGAAUCGCCUCCCCACACGUUGCUCUAAACUAGUCAGAAUGACUGUACAAUUUUGA